AAUACAGGAGCUACACUCGUCUCACUCGGUGAUUUCGUGUCGAUAAAUCGCGCGAUCGAUCCGUCCGCAAGUCCUGAAUUUCUUUUAAACCAGCAAAAUAGUCUAUACUUUCGUAACAAACGAUGAUGAAUAGGGAUUUUGUUUGGAGAACGAACGUCGACUACAUCUAUUAGUUACAGGGGCAUGAGGAACACUUUUGCUGUCUUUGGUAGUUAAAGGCAAAGCCUUUAGAAGAAUGGACUUCGAUGAUGAACCGAAAGAAGAACCGGAACUGACGUGUGGAUGGCGAGGAUUCAAACCCAAGUUUCUUCAAAAGCUCAACACACCAAAAUGGUUCCUAGUGUUCCUCACAAUCUACUCGUUCAUGCAAGGUAUGACAGCCAAUGGGUUCACCGCCGCAGGACUCACAGCACUGGAAAAACGCUUCAAACUCAGCAGCAAACAAACCGGCAUGAUAGUAGCAGCCAACGAUGUGUCUGCCUUAUUUCUCAUCAUCUUCAUUAGCUACUAUGGUGGUCACAGUCACAAGGCAAGAUGGCUAGGCUUCGGUGCCUUUGUCACUAGCUUAGGAGCGUUGCUCUUUGCACUUCCGCAUGUUCUUAUAGACAAAUACGUUCCUUUAGAGUUCGAGAGAAGCACAGCAGGCGCAGAUCUUUGCCAUACGGCUAACGCCACUUCCGUACUACAGAUCGAAGAAGCAUGCCGUAAAAAACUUCAAAAUUCCGACUGGAAGUAUUUAUUUGUGUUUAUUGGCGCUAAGUUAUUGCUAGGUGCAGGAACUACACCGUUGUUUACUCUAGGGCCGUCGUACAUCGACGAAAAUGUCGACCCGAAACAUGCUCCGAUGUACCUUGGGACUUGGUUCAUAGCGACGUUCUUUGGACCUGGUAUUGGCUAUGUAGCUGGUGGAUCACUCUUGAAUAUAUGGGUGGACUUGAUUCAGCCUCCAGGRUUAGACAUGACACCAGAAGACCCCCGCUGGAUCGGGGCAUGGUGGCUGGGCUAUUUCUUUGGAGGUCUGCUUCUACUGCUGUCAGCUAUUGCCUUACUAGGGUACCCACGGGAAAUGCCUGGUGCAAGAGAACGAAGAGCGCGUGCAAUCAAGGAAGGCCUUCUACCACCACGUGACGACAACAUCAACGGCAAACUCAAGGAUAUCAUUCCAGCUACUAAAGCUUUACUGACCAACUGGACUUUCAUUGCAAACACCUUGGCACUCUGUGCGACUGCACUGAUAGCGACCGGGCUGGGACCGUUCAUAUCAAAGUUCAUUCAGUCGCAGUUUGGGGAGCCAUCAUCUACGGCUGGUAUUUUGAGUGGCGUGAUAAUCAUCCCAGGUACUGCUGGCGGUAUCUUUCUGGGUAGUUAUCUGGUCAAGCGCAUCGACCUUCGUAAAUCUUGCCGUGAGGCCGCCAAGUACUGCUUCAUUUUUCAAUUCAUUGGUACUUGGGGAGUGUUAACGUUUCUUAUACCUGGCUGUAAGACCAGUUUGAUUGCUGGAAUCAACAGGGAUUAUCCAGUAAACUUUUCUAUGCCAGGUAACAUGACCACGUGGUGCAAUAUUGAAUGUGAAUGUUCACCCUCGGAUUAUUUUCCUGUGUGCGGUGUUGACAAGAUAACAUAUUUCUCGCCCUGCUUUGCUGGUUGCCAGAAGAAAAUAGGCACAGAGGAGUUUGACCAGUGUCGUUGUAUUAGUCCAGCAUCAGAGGACACAAAAUUUGGCUUUGCAAAGAAGGGGGUGUGCGAUCGUGACUGUAAAAAUCUGAUUCCAUUCUUAUUUGGUGCACUUGUUCUUCUGGUGGCCAACUUCAUGAAUGCCACACCCAACAAGACAGUGGUCCUAAGGUGCGUUCCUGAUAAUCAGCGGACAUACGCGUUGGGUCUACAGUGGUUGUUCCUCAGCAUCUUUGGUUCGGUGCCUGGACCAGUAUUGUUCGGGACAUUCAUAGACAAGACGUGUAUUCUCUGGGAGAACUCGUGUGGAAGGAGGGGAAGUUGUCUCGAGUAUAAUAACGAACUGCUGAGCUACCUACUCGUUGCUUGCGGGCUCUUUUUUCAUGUGCUUUCUACUCUUUUCUAUUUCAUCUCGUGGUAUAUCAUCAAGCGACGCGAAGAACGCGAAGCCGCCGAGAACUCCCACACCAACUCCGUCAUUGAAUUCGCCUCUCCCGUGCCUGGCAUCAGCAGCAGAGAUGAAAUCACAGACAGACGGUCCCCCACCCCCUCAAAUGCACCAUUCCUCCCAGGAGGGGAGGGUAAUCUGGAAUUGACUCCUCGAUUCGCGGGACUGAACUCGACUCAUAUGGGUAACUCGCUAACACAACACGAAACGUCUAUUUGAAGUCCAAAUUCAUAGAACAUCGAAGCACAACAUACAUAUUAAAAGCGGUUUCAUUUAACGAAGACGAUCUCUAAUCCAGAGUUAUCGUUGAUCUUCCUGUACGUUUUCAAAAAUUAGAAUGUCUAGAGUAGUACUACAUCAAAAAUUCAUCGUUUUUCUUCAUUUGUUUGAAAUUUUUCAAGUUGGUUUUAAGUAACAAGAAUCGCUUUUUUUUUCAAGUCCCAAAGUAUUUUUUUACAACUUUUUGUUCACCUAUCAUAAACAUUUUUUCUAUUUCUCGAAAUUCAAAUAAUGAGUAAGAUAACGAACGCGUCUCGCAAAGAAUUGUGGGGCUGAAUCAACUCGGAUUCAUUCAAUUUUGUUAUAAUUCUUUCUUUGGAAUUUAGAAGGAAAAAUAUGUCAAUAGUGGAAAAAUUAUUUUUUUGGUACUCUUUAAACUUUUCAUGAUAUAUAUAUUGAUUUUGUCAAAAUAUUUAUCCCUUGGCAUGGGAUCUUUCGUUAUUUCACAUUUAUAUUUUGGGGAAUCACUUGAUAUCGAAUCGUUAGUUUUUAUCACUAACCACGUGACAGUUCUUACAUAAUUCCUAGAAUAGACUCUUUGCAGUUAACGGUCACGUGUCUGUUCUUGAGAGCAAAAUUUUUGUUUUUAUUUUAAAUUGGUGAUUCUUUUUAGCUACUUGUAAAGAAUUGAAUGAAAACGUGUAUCCAGUGUGUUACGAAAUGUAGUUUGAUUACGAUCUCUCGAAACAGGUUGUAGAAUUUUGUUUGUUCACCAGUAUAAUUCACCCAUGGGAAUCAAAAUGUUCAUUCAUUGCUCUCAGUGAAUUAAUAAGCACGUGAUUACCGGGUUGCAAAGGGGGACUAUUACGUCAUCAAAAAUACGUCUCAUUUCGUAUAACAUCUCGAAAUAUGUUUUAUUAGAAAUUAUUGUUUGUGAAUUGAAUUUGAUAUUUAUAUGAUUCAUAAAAAUAACUUGCACCCAUAGAUUUUAAGGGUGUAAAAAAAGGCAUUGAAGAAAAUUAAAAUUUAUAGGUAUUUAUGCUUUUUGAAAAUGUAGUAUAAAUUUGAAUAAUGGACAAAACGUAAAAUAAUUGUAUUACUUAGAUUUAAGAUAUAAUUAUGAUGACUAUUGAUGAUGAAGAAGCCUCGAGUUCCUUCUUAUCAUAAACGCCCGGUUUUAAAGUCGAAUCUGAUUGGUUCAAAAAUAAUCUGUCAACGAAUUGCUAGUUGUCAUGACYGACGUAGAAGCCGCCAUUUUGAAUGACAUUUUGUCUGAAUUCUUGCGAUAGAGACGGAACCACAGGCAGCCCAAUUUAGAUAAAAGUGCUUACAUUUUCGUCCAAAUUGGGCUCCCUUUGAACACAGCUGAUUAAACAGGUUGGCCUUGUAUUGUUUCGUUUGACAUCUGGGUCGGAUAUAGUCUUAAUCUUCUUUAGUUGUAAUGACGUAAACCGUUCACGUUAAACGUAAAGCUAAAACUCGUAUCGUACUGAGGCUUUGUGAGACAGGUUUCAUAACCAACUGCACCGCGUAAGAUGCUCACCAUUUUGUACAACUUACAUGACAAAACAGUCGCACUAAAAGAGGUAGAACGUGCACUACUUUCUGCUCGUAAAACUACAACUGUGUCCGAAGAUCCGAAGACAAGUUCCCGUGAAACUCUUGUCUCGCAAAUGCCCCUGAACACAAGUUUUAGUUUAACUUUAAUUCCUGUGUAACAGAGUUCUUUAAUUUUUGGAUYAUUAGUUAUACCUUUUUAAGUACUUUGUAAAUACUGUUGAGUUUUAGGGGAUAUAUACAUGGGGUUACUAGGCAGUUUAUCAAAUUAUCGUUCCUUUAUUGUAUAAAAACUUCAAUAAAAUAAAAAAAAUAAAAUCCAUAUUGUA